GGCAUAUGUAUAUGCCAUGGCCCGCCCCGGAUCUAUCAUCCUUAGCUCGUUUACUAGGGAGACCUUGUAAACGAUAUUAUCCGCCGUGAUUAUACCCCUGAAACAUUCCGAUACCAGGCACAUACUUCCCUUAGGUAUAGGUAUCAAUAGCACGAGAUGUCUGUUGUUCUUGAACUGAAAACAUCUGAGAAGCGCGUCACCGAAGAUGAGCUGCGACCAGUCAUCGCGAAGGCUGGGUUAGAGCUUUCAGAGCCGCUCCUCGAAAACCUCAGCACGUUGAUAUCCUCACUAGAUAAAGCCAUUGCAUCUCUACCUGAUGAUAAGAGUGUCUGGCCACGCCCAAAUCUCACCAAGUAUCCGCGUACAGACAUUCAUAUUCCUGAGGAUAACGAACUAGGCGCAUGGGCAACGAAAGUGACUGUGAAAUGCACAAGUCCUAUCAGCGAUCUGUUGAAGGGUCGGACUGUGGCGCUUAAAGACAACAUCGCGUUGGCGGGAGUCCGGUGCACGAAUGGAACUGCGAUGGUUGAUUGGACCCCGGAGAUCGACGCGACGAUUGUUACUCGAACUUUGGAUGCAGGAGCCAUAAUAAUUGGCAAAGCUGCUUGUGAAAAUGCGUGUCUCGAGGGAUUAUCGGGCACAUCUGUCACAGGACAGGUCCAUAACCCGUAUGCCAAAGGGUACAGCACCGGAGGCUCGAGUAGUGGUUCGGGGCGCCUCGUAGCGACUGGCUCCGUCGAUCUCGCUUUCGGAGGAGAUCAGGGCGGCAGCAUUCGUAUUCCAGCAUCAUCCUGUGGUAUUGUAGGCCUCAAGCCAACUUGGGGUCUAGUUCCUUAUACAGGUAUCUUAAGUCUUGAUGCAACUAUUGAUCAUGCGGGACCAAUGGCCAGAAAUGUUAAGGACUGUGCUACACUCCUGGAAGCGGUUGCGGGACCAGAUGGAUGGGAUGAUCGUCAACCGUCGAUUGGACUCGAAGGGGAUAAGUUGAAAUUUGUAAAUCCGGUCGAGACUGUGCUUGCCAAAGAGACAUCGAAGAUGCUUGAAGGCAUUAAAAUCGGGGUGCUCGCCGAAGGUUUCGAGGUUCCCGGACAAGACCCCAAUGUCGUUGAAUCCGUCCAGUCUGCAAUCGACAGGUUUAAGUCUCUAGGAGCUACAGUCGCCCCAGUGUCCGUGCCUUUGCACAAAGAUGCUCCCCUGUUAUGGACCUGCGCUUUACCCUUAUCAGGCGGCCGACAGUCUCUACUCGGAGACUUGGAUGGGAGGAAACAGUUUUACUUUACAGACAGAGCAGAUCUUGUUGGACCUAAACUAACUCAACGUCAAUUCGACACACUCGGACCUGGUGCAUCGAACCAGUAUUUAGGAUACCUGUGGAUUCAAGAGAAGUAUGGUGCCAAGGUGCAUGGGAAAGCAAUGAACCUCCUCAAGGCUGCCGGCGAUGUGUACGACAAAGCCCUCAAGGAAUUCGAUGUGCUGGUUAUGCCGACCUUGCCUUAUCCGCCACCGAAACUGCCCGAGCCCGAUUCUGAUGAAGGUCCAUUGAAGUUCCUAGCUAGGACAACUGGGCUGAUUGCUAAUACUUGCCCCUUUAAUAAUUCAGGUCAUCCUGCCCUGUCGCUCCCCGUCGGUUUUGUACCCGCCCGAGAAGAUCCAAGCCUGAAGCUUCCUACAGCCAUGCAAAUAGUAGGUCGCAAGUUUGCAGAUGCCGAUUGCCUCAAGGUUGCAGCGGCGUGGGAAAAGGCGUUUGACUGGAAGAAGCUCUAAAGGUUGAUGAUUGAUGAUUGAUGAAUGAUGAAUGAUGUAUUCCCAAGUGACGAGUCGGAACCGUACCUUGGCGUCUUUCUUUAGUUGCUAAACCCCGUAAACUGUUCCAAUUAUCCACUAUACGCUGUAAUUUAGUGAACGGUCUACUGCAAAGUCCGAGCUUUGGUCCACUAAACUGGAUCCACAUCCAUGGAUACAAGGUGGCUGACGAGCGAAACUUUUUGCUUCGUAUCUAGUAGGUACCUACCUAGGUACAUAAAUUAUCUCAUGAAAGUUAUGUAUUGAAUUGAAUAUGU